ACUUUUCGCGUUUGUGGCUGCAUGCGCUAGGUGAAGCCGCAGUUGCGCGUGCUUGUAAAAAAUUAAAUAAUAAGACAGGUAAGACAUUCGGUACACUGUACAUUCGGCAAAACAAGAAAAGUGGUCUUAGUGACGCAACCCACCACCCCGUUUCAAAGAGGCCGCUCACAGCAAUCAUCCAUCCACCCUUCUUGCUUUUCUGAUUGUUUUUUAUUUUUUUGCAAGAUUUUGCCGGCACCCGAGCGAAGCCUGAGCUGCUGAGCACCGAGCUAGAGUGUACCGAGCCCCCGAGCACUCGUAGUUGCUUGUAGAUUGCGCAUUCUCUCAGCUACUUCGUCGGCUCUCGUGUGUUCAUUUUUGACUGCACCCGUGAACAGAAAUGCCUCCUGAAGCGAUCGUCAACCUGUCGGGCAAGGUGGCCAUCAUAACAGGUGCAUCUUCAGGCAUUGGCUGGAGCACGGCCAAGCUGUUUGCAAGGCUCGGAGCCAGGUUAUCUCUCAAUGGCCGGAAAGAAGACAAGCUAAAGGAAGUAGCAGAAGCAUGCCAGCAGUACAUGCCACAAGACACCAAAAUUCUCCUAACUCCAGGCGACCUAAGGGACACCCAGUUGGCAGAAACCCUCGUAGAAUCGACGAGUAAAAAGUUUGGUAAAAUUGACAUUCUGGUCAACUGUGCAGGCAUAAUUUCAAACGGCAGUAUUGAGAACACGUCUCUCGAACAGUAUGAUGAAAUCUUUGCCAUUAAUGUUAGGACGGUCUUCCACCUGAUGUCGCUGGCUGUGCCGCAUCUGAUCUUCAGCAAAGGAAGCAUUGUCAACGUGUCUAGUGUCACUGGUAUCAGAUCGUUUCAAAACGUGUUGGCCUACUGCAUGACCAAAAGUGCUGUUGAUCAGCUAACCCAUUGUUCGGCCCUAGAGCUGGCGAGCAAGCAAGUGAGGGUCAAUGCCGUCAACCCCGGCGUAGUGGUCACCGAGCUGCAGAAGCGUGGAGGCAUGUCGGACGAGUCCUAUGCAACAUUCCUGGAACACUCCAAGACAACUCAUCCCCUGGGCCGAGUUGGGAACCCAGAUGACGUGGCCAAAGCCAUUGCGUUUCUGGCCUCAGACGCCGCUUCCUUCAUCACUGGAGUCACACUACCAGUAGACGGCGGGCGGCACGCAACCUGUGCUCGAUAACACUCAGCAUUGUCAGCAUGUUAGAGGCGGGUUUUCCCUCCCGGUGAUUACUGUGGGAAACCCGCUGCAAUUCCUAUAAGGAGCUUCUGCAGACACAUUUCCAAAUCAUUUGUUCUAGUUUGUUUUGCUGUUACGCUUAUUUAAGUGCGCUGUUUAAAUAAAAGGUAUAUGUGUACUUCACAAA